ACAGCUACUACGCUGCAACGCAACAACAAAAACUUUAAUUCCUCUUCAAAAGCUUCAACACCUUUUGGUUGUCAAUGGAAACAUAAACUACAUCCUGGCAAAAAGGGAGAACUACAGCUAAGCAGCACCACCCUAACCCCCUCCCUCCUCAUCACCAGCACUCAAUAUCCUCUUUUGGAGUUUUGCUAUUAUCUCUUUUGGUUUGAGCGUGGCACACACACACACACACACACACACACACACACACACACACACACACACACACACACACACACACACACACACACACACACACACACACACACACACACACACACACACACACACACACACACACACACACAGUGGGGAUGAUCGCCUGGGCAGAUGGUACUCAGUGUUUGGACUAGAAGCUGAGACAGGCGGAGGGGGACAGUCCGCCAUGGGAUGCUGCAGUGUGACCCAGAGACAUACUGGAGUGGACGAGGUGGGCCCAGAUGAGAUCGAGCUCCUGGAACUCUCUGGGGACAACCUAGGUGUUUUCAGGGUGUGGAGUCUGGGAGAGACCAGGCUGCAGCUGUCAGUGAGGAACAGCAGAGAUGAGCAGCAGCCACCGCUGAAGCUGCCACCACCACCUCUGCCACCACCGUGUUACCCAUUAAUACGACACCUGGAGAAAGAGGUGGUGCUCUGGGGCCGGAGCAGAGAGGAGCUGCACCACAGGAUUCACUCCUCCCAGUCAAUCAGGGAGUGGGAAGGCCAACCUGCACACAUGUAUGGAGAGAUCAUCCACUCCUCCCUGGUGUCUCUCUACAACAGCUACACUCAGGAAACAACUGAACACUUCCUGGUGUUGUUCUCUUUUCACCUGCUAAUCCUCUCCCUGGAUCACUCUCAACAAGACUUCAUCUAUAACGGCAUCCUUCCCCUUUCUGGACUGUCCUUGGAGGCCGUCUCUCUGGACCCCGAUGCGUCUCAUUCACCUCACAUGUUUGAGAUCAGCGGUCCAAUGGUGGACUCCAAGGUCUUCAUAUGUGCCGGUGCUGCAGAGCAACAGAAGUGGAUGCAACACAUAGAAGACACGAGGUACAAGUCAAUGGCCCAACCCAUGAGUUCCUCGCACUGUGCUCUCUCUUACCUGCUACCGUGUGAUGAGCCCUGGCAAAGAGAAGAACUGAAAAAGUACUUACUGCAAGCCCCCAUAUGGCAGUGGGAGGGCUCAUGCAUUCAGCACAUGGGUCAGCCAGGAUACAUAUCUAUCGUUCACAUCAUCAACUCACAGAGACAGGGUCUCCAAGAAAGACUGAUGGUUCUCUUCCCUCAAGACGUGCUGCUACUGUCAGUCGACAACAAGCGUCUGAAUAUAAGAUAUGAGGGUAGAUUGCCCCGACAGAGCAUCAGAGCGGUGGAGAGGUCAGCACUGCCUGGGCGGCUGGAGUUUGAGCUGAUAGGUGAGCUGGUGGAGCCCCUGCAGGUCUCUUGUACCUCUUUUGAGGAUUAUCGGAACUGGAUGUUUCAAUUACAACAGCCAGACAGAAACAGCCACGUUGCAGUGAGUCACGCUCCGCCUCCCAUCAUGCCUAAGCUGCAGAGGAGCAGGAAGGAGUCCCAGGAACCGAUGACAACAGUGGACCCACGUCACAUCAACGGACGCAGCUGACUUAUCUUAAGAUGGAUAAUCUGAAAUAAUGUGUAGAUAGUGUGUACAUAUCACUUGUAUGAGUAAUUUUGAUACAAAAUGAAGACAGCAGAGAAUGAGGCUCUGAAAUCGUUUUACUCUGUUCGCUUUGAUGUGGGACAAACAGGAAUGUCAUGAGCCAGUUCAACAUUGGUAGAAAUGUUAAGUGUAGAGAUUUUAAAAGUUACUGAAGAAAAUAGUUUUAAAAAUGUACAUAUUACUGUAAGCUUAGAUUCCAAAUCUAAUACAUAAGGUUGGAAUUUUUUACAAUAAAUUCUUUGAUUUCAGAGUCAUCUACUCAACACAACAUCAAAGGAAAGUAUCUGUAUUUAUUUCCAUGGUUAAACAUUUACAGUAGUGUGCAGAGAUCCAGUAAACAUCCAGUGUAUUACAGUAUUUAUAUUCAUGUGGUAUUAAAAAUGAAAAUCAAAAAAAAACGUUUAUAGUA